UCGGAAUGGGAAGCGGGAAGAAACACGAUCUGGAGCUUGAGAAAGUUCGUUUAGUGAGCUUGGCUCUUGAUUUUGGCUUCGACGAAGACUCCGCCAAAAAAUGCUUGGAUCGCCUUGUCGCCCUAUACGGUGAUGACGGCCGGGAUUUUAUCACUGUGGAGUACUGCGGUGAUGAUUUUCUAGCAGCUUUAGCUGAUUCAAUGCAAGAUACUGAGGAAUGGGAUGAUUUACAGGCAAUAGAAUCAGAAGCUUGUGGAACUCUGACGAACCUGCUUGAUAAAAAUGUUGUCGGGUGUAAGUAUGAAGAUAAUGGCAUUUCAGGAGGUUGCAUCAAUAUUACCGAGGAUUCUCCGGAACCUCAGAAGAACCAGAAAGUGGUGGAGUUGGUUUCAAGUGACGAGGAGAUGGACUUCAGUAUUUCAAGGGAAAAAUGUACACCUCCAGGGUCUUAUUUGAAUGGCAGAAGUAGCAUCACUCAGGGCUCAAUUUCUUCAACUGCCAGCAAAAUAAGGUUGUCAGAACCUAAGGAUGAAAGCCGUACUCUCACUUAUGAAGAAUUACGGGAUCUGGAUAACAUUGAAAUGGCAAAUGUUGUUAUAUUCGGUAAUAGGACAUUUCGACCAUUGCAGCAUCAAGCUUGUAAAGUAGCUUUGGCAAAGCAAGAUUGUUUUAUUCUUAUGCCUACGGGGGGUGGUAAAUCUCUUUGCUAUCAGCUUCCAGCCACUCUUCAAUCAGGUGUUACAGUAGUUGUAUCUCCCUUACUUUCACUCAUUCAGGACCAGAUAAUCACAUUGAACCUCAAGUUUGGAAUACCAGCUACUUUUUUGAAUUCUCAGCAAACUACUUCUCAAGCAGCAGCUGUCCUUCAGGAGCUAAGAAAAGUCAAACCAUCAUGCAAACUCUUGUAUGUGACGCCUGAGAGAAUUGCGGGCAAUCAAUCAUUUCUUGAGGUUCUAACAUGCAUGCAUAACAAGGGACAGCUAGCAGGUUUUGUUGUUGAUGAGGCGCACUGUGUUAGCCAAUGGGGACAUGAUUUCCGGCCUGAUUAUCGGGGACUAGGAUGCCUUAAGCUGAACUUUCCGGAUGUGCCUGUCAUGGCGUUGACUGCCACUGCAACCCACUCUGUCCGCGAGGACAUCUUAAGCGCUUUAAGAAUCCCCCACGCAAUUCUUCUUGAAAGAAGCUUUGAUAGGCCAAACUUGAAGUAUGAAGUAAUUGUUAAGACAAAGGAGCCGCUAAAGCAGCUUGGGAAGCUAGUAACGGAUCGCUUCAAGAAUCAAUGUGGAAUUGUUUACUGCCUUUCAAAAAGCGAAUGUGUUGAGGUCUCAAAAUAUUUGAACCAGAAAUGUAAUAUUAAGACGGAGUAUUACCAUGCUGGCUUGUCUGCCCGCCAAAGAGUUUCUGUUCAAAAGAAAUGGCACGAGGGAGAGGUCCAUAUUGUUUGUGCAACUAUUGCUUUUGGAAUGGGGAUAGACAAGCCUGAUGUUCGCUUCGUCAUCCACAAUACGUUGUCUAAAUCAAUUGAAAGCUAUUAUCAAGAAUCAGGAAGGGCUGGAAGAGACAAUCUACCUGCAGUUUGCAUUGCUCUCUACCAGAAGAAGGAUUUUAGUAGAGUCGUAUGCUUGAUAAGAAAUGGCCAAGGUUAUAAAAGGGAAAACCUUAAGUCGGCAAUCGCUCAAGCCAAAAAGAUGCAACAAUAUUGUGAACUAAAGGAUGAAUGCCGGAGGCAAGCUUUACUCAAACACUUUGGAGAAUCUCUUGACAGAAAAGCCUGCAAAUACGGAUCUAACCCCUGUGAUAACUGCCUCAAGAAUGGUCUGUGAGCCGCUGUAUAUUGCAAGCCUGAUCUUCGAAACCAUCUCCAUGGAGCAACGCCUUUUCUGUUAUUUAUUUUUCCUUUCAGCUUUGUAGUUCACCUCUUCCACCAUAUCCUGUAAACACCCUUUCAAAGCGCAGUUAAAAAAAGAUAGCUUUUCAUUUUUCUUUA